AUGAGCGGCUCGGGCACCUCGAGGCGCACGCCCAAGAGCCCGCCGACGAGCCCGCCAACAAGCCCGCGCAGCCCCCGCGGCGCGGGCGGCGCGCUGCUGACCGAGUACGGCCCCGACGGCCGCCUAGCCGCGCGCUGCCGCCUCGCCGACGCGCUCUCGGGCGCGCCCGGCGACGUCCCCGCGCCCCGCGGGCGCGGCGGGCGCGGCGCGCGCGCGGCGUUGGCGUCGGCGUUCCUGCCGGAGGGGUACCCCGCGACGACCGCCACCGCGCUGGGCGCGGUGUUCCAGUUCUUCGUUCGGGACGUGGUGGGCAUGGCUGGCGGCAUCGCCUUUGCAGCCGGCGGGGACUUCCAGGCGUACUCAAAGCAGUGGCGCCUCUUUGCAGACGUCGCCAACGAUGUGGCCAUGGCCAUCGACCUGGCCAGCCCCCUGGUGCCGGGCGCCUUCUUGUUUCUGGCGUGCCUGGGCAGCCUCUCCCGCGCGAUGGUCGGCACCGCGGCCGGCGCGACGCACGCGGCGCUGACUCAGCACUUUGCCGGCGCCGCGGGCGGCGGCGGCGGCGCCGCGGCGGCGGACCUGACUGCCAAGGCGGACAGCCGGGAGCGGGCGAUCAACAUCAUCGGCAGCGUCGUGGGCAUGGGGGUGACGCACCUCAUAGCGGGUGAGACAUAG